AGUAGAGUGUGACACCGUCUAUACAACGUGACCUUCUCUUGAUGUUUGAGAACCACUAACGCUGCGACAUACGUUUGGGAAUAUUAAAGAGUCAAGAUGCAGAUUUGGCUUUCAUUUGUAUGAAAGUGGAAAUCACAGGGUUCCGCUUUUCAAACACGUUUUUGUUCCGUGAAGACACAGCGUCUGUAUUUCUUGGUUUCGGUACUUUUGACAGAGCGCGAUGUUGCGGCUCUUUGCUAACCGGGGUUUUUAUGAACUCUGUAAAGCAAGUCAUUUUGCGGCAGCGUGUGUGACAAAGAGGCAAGUCACACGUUUCCUCCCAGUCAGCAGCACCUCUCAUCCCCGGCUACACAUCCCUGCUCGCCCCUUCAAUACUGGGAUCCCGGGGAGGAAAGACGCCCUCCAGACAAAAGAAGAUAUUCCCGAGGACACAAAGACACUAGAUCUGGAUAAAUGGAAAUCUGUAAUGAGAGCCCAAGCAUCAGAAGAAAAACAAGUCAGUGAUAAAGAGGAAGCAUGUGAUGAUAAUGACGAUCUGACAGAACCAGGUGUAGAUUCAAAGGAUAAUUCACUGGAGGAAUCUCGGGAUCUCGUUGCUAUGUGGCGCCAGGCAGGCAAGCUUGUACCUGAAGAGAUGACGGAUGAAGAGGUCCGGGCCCUUGCAGAACUUACCACCAAGUCCUCCAGGAGGAAGUACCUCAGGCACCUGUCCAUCAAAGAGGGCCACAAAAAGUUUCGUAAGGAGAAGCAAGAGAAGAAGAAGGCAGAGAGGGAAGUCACAAGGGAGGAACUAUUGCCAAAAGAAGAUGUUGAGCUUGGAAACCAAUUGUUCCUCAAGUUAUGGGACCGCACCAUAGACAAGCACACGGCCUGGAGGAGCGUCCAGGCCAUGAGGUUCGGUCAGCCACUGGUGUUUGACAUGAGCUAUGCGUCCGCGAUGGCCAGGCGGGAGUUGGAGAACACAGUGCAUCAGCUGAUGGAGGUUGAAUCUUGGAACCGGCGUGACACUGAACCCUACAACCUCCACUUGUGCAACCUACAGGCAGACGGGACCUAUCAAAAGGAGCUGCUCAAACAAUAUGGUGCAGAUGUCUGGGAUCGCAUGCUCAUCAACAGUUCUGACAAACAUUACAUUGAUCUGUUUCCCCGUGAACAACUCGUAUACCUUACUGCAGACUCCCCCAAUAUUCUCCGCACAUUUGACCACUCAAAGGUCUACAUCAUUGGAGCUCUGGUGGACCGGUCCAGCCAGCCAGGCUUGUCUUUGGCCAAUGCCAAGCGUCUGAAUCUGGCCACAGCUCGUCUACCACUGGAUCAGUACCUUCACUGGCAGAUAGGAGCCAAAAAUCUAACUCUGGACCAGAUGAUGCGCAUCAUGCUCUCAAUUAAGGAGACGGGGAAAUGGGAGGAGGCGUUGAAGUUCGUACCUAAGAGGAAGUUUGAUGGCUUCCAUCAUGAACGGACACAGCAAGAGAUUCCCCAAAACAGAGUAAAGGGAAAUUAUAGACCAAGAGAGGAUGGUGAAAAGCCGUUUAGGUCUGGUGAGAGGACAUUUCACAAUGAGGGCCAAAGUCUUUACAAGACCCAUAAAGAGUCUGGAUUCAGUGGUAGUGACAGAGAGAAGAUCUCCCAACCAUCUGCAACAAGUGUACGAACAUCAUUUGAAAGCAACAUUGAGGGAAGAAGAAAUGAUGGCAAAGGAAAGGUGUGGUGGAAUGAUGAGUGAAUUCAAACUUGGGAUAAUAAUGAUAGAUACAUGCGCUGUCUGAGGAAAUGUAAAGCAUAGACAAUUGGUGAUUAAAGAGUUGUAAUAUGUAGUCAUUUGUUCUUACAGAAUGCAUGUUUUACUGAUUUCUGAUGUAAACAAGACAUUUAAAGAGGUGCAAACAUCUUUGGUCUUUAUUUUGAUCUGAUGGAAAAUGAAAAAGAUGUAUAAAUGUUUUCUGGUAUUGUUUUCACUGUAAAGUAUACACUAUCAAUGCAAACUGUUCAAUACAAAUGAAAUAAACCAUAGUAUGUCAAAAA